CCCGGUUGGUGUCCAAAAUUCACAGUGAGGGGCACCGAAUUCCAGACUCCGUUGCAUUCAUAUCAACACUCCACACUGUGCACAAGACCCCAAGUGUGGCUGCACGGUCCUCACAAGCCACAUCCACAGUCUAGCAAUUGUGGAUUUGGCCUCCUGGCGUCCAUUGCAGUUGUCUGACCGUGUCUUCUUUGGUGAGGCUAGAUUGCAUAUCACCAGUGAAGCUCCUGUGGUGGACCAGAUUGUUUCCCAGUGGCAUUGCCCAUCUUUUCCUAACGCUUCUCGCAACUACGAACCCAUAUUGCAUGCAAAAUGGUCGUCCUCGCCGCCUCCAUCUGUACCCGAGGGGGUAAAGCUGUCCUCUCGAGACAGUUCCGCGAGAUGCCCCGAUCACGAAUUGAGGCGCUACUGGCAUCCUUCCCGAAGCUGGCAGACAGCAGCACACAGCACACCACGGUUGAGCAGGACAAUGUUCGAUUCGUUUACCAACCCCUCGACGAGCUAUACAUGGUCCUCAUCACCAAUCGACAGUCCAACAUCCUGCAGGACAUUGAUUCACUCCACCUGUUCGCCCAAGUCGUCACAAGCACAUGCAAGACCUUGGAGGAGCGAGAAAUCCUUAGAAAUGCCUACGAACUGCUCAGCGCAUUCGACGAGCUUGUCACCCUUGGCUACAGGGAGAACCUGACUAUCAGUCAGAUCAAGACCUUCCUGGAGAUGGAGUCCCACGAGGAGCGCAUCCAGGAGAUCAUUGCUCGCAAUAAGGAAUUGGAAGCUACUGAGGAGCGCAAGCGCAAGGCAAAGCAACUCGAGAUGCAGCGCAAGGAGACGGCAAGAAGUGGCCGUGCCGGUGUGCCACGAACCCCGGUCUAUCCCACAUACACUCCACCCUCUCGACCUACUACCACGGAUACGUACGACAGCUAUGAAGCUGAGAAAAACAAGACGGCACACAAGACAACUGUCAUGAAGGGCAAGGGCAUGCAACUAGGCAAGAAAUCAAAGACAACCGAUAUGUUCGAGCGUGUUAGAGGAGAUAUGGGUGGUGAGGUUGAUGAUACGCCGUUGGUUCCUGUGGCUACCUCUGCGCCAGUCGCAGAACCUGCCGCUCCUCGGAUGUCUUCAACGCUGGAUCGAGACGCCAUCCAUGUCACUGUCAACGAGGCAAUUACUGCGAAGCUAUCGAGAGAAGGAUCGGUAAACUCCAUGACCGUCAGUGGAGACUUGACCUUGCGCAUUUCGGACCCAAGCUUGACCAAGAUCAAACUUGCACUAUCAGCAACUGCCUCUCACGGCGCGCAAUUCCGCACACAUCCCAACGUCGACAAGGGCCUGUUCAACAGUUCCAAGACGAUCCAGAUGAGCAAUGCCGCCCGUGGAUUCCCCGUCAACAAUGCUGUUGGCGUGCUGAGAUGGAGAGCCACACCAAAGGCGGAUAAUGCCAGCGCUGUGCCCAUCCAAUUCACCGUAUGGGUGACUAAGGGGUCUGAAGGCAACUUUGGCAUCACUGUUGAGUAUGAACUGACCGGCAGCGACGAGCUCAAGGAUGUUAGCGUGGUCAUCCCAUAUGCCACAAGCGAGCCAUCUGUGUCGAGCUUUGACGCGACCUAUGAAGUGUCCGGAGAUAGCCUGGAGUGGUCCAUUGGCACAGUCACAGCUGAUGAGCCAAGCGGGUCAUUCGAGUUUGAGGCUCAAGCAGACGACGAAAACGAGUUCUUCCCCAUGCAUGUCAGAUUCUCUAAGACUACACCAUACAUCGAUGUCGAUGUUCUAUCCGUUUCUUUGAUAGAAAUGGACGAAGAGGUAACUUUCUCUAAAGAGAUCAAGUCUUUGGCUGAGAACUACUUGGUGGAGUAAUGACUAGGGGAAUGUGAGGAUUGAUGUAGCAAAAGUUAAUCAAAAGAGUCAGUGAGACUCGGAAGUGGUCCUAUAGAGAACUGCGAAAUUGACUGGAGAACACUUCCUGGCGUCAAAGCACGUUGCACUGUGAAGCGCUAUAGUAUACCGGCAUCAACAUCGAAGCAUGAGAAUAAUGUUCGUCCAAAUGCCACACGCCAUAUGAAAUAAAUUCUUGGAC